AUGAAAAAAAAAUUAAGUUUAUCUUCAAAACCCCUUUCCUAUAUACAAUUAGAUGAUAAAGGAAGAAAUUCUUAUUGCAAAAGUCAUUGUUUGAAAUAUGAACAAUUUGAGUAUAGAAAUGGAAAUUGUUAUCUAUGUUGUGAAUAAAAGGAAUGUAAUUAAGAUAAUGAACCAUUAAGUUAGGCUGAAAUAAUCACUCUUUUAAAUUAAAUUUUAUCAUAAACAAUAUCAGAUGAAUUUAAAUAGUAAUAAAAGCAGAAAUUAAAUAGUUUUAGAGAAGAUGUAAAUAAAACAAUUGAAAUUUAUUGUGAUAGAGUAAUUCAAAAUUUGGAAAAGAAUUGUGAAUAAUAAAAUCAAAUAAAUUAAAAAAUCAAGUUUAUUUUAGAAAAUCUUGAAAAUGAAAAUAUCAAUCAAUUAGCAUAUGAGAUAUUAUAAACAUAAUAAUUAGAUUGUAUAAGUUCAAAAAUAGGAGUUACAGCUUCAUUAACUUAAGAAUUUUAUAGAUAAUUAACUAAAUGUGAAACUACUUUAAAUUGUAUUCAUUCCCUUACAUAAGAUGAUCAUAAAAAUGGAAAAAAUGAAUAUCAUGUAUUAAAAAAUUAAGUGGAUUUUGUAAAAAUGAAAAAUAUGCAAUUUUUAAGGUAACAUGAAAUAAGUAUCAGAUCUUCAAAAUAAAGUAUAAAGAGGAUUUAUUAAGAUAUUAAGAAUUAAUAAAUUAUUGCAGUAUCACCUGGAUAAGAAAUUAACAAUUAAAUUACUAUAAUUAAACCAAGUUAAUAUAGUUUAUUUGGAUAAUUUGAAUCUUUAAAAAAUGCAAUUCCAGCAGAAUUAUUUAGUAUAAGUCCAAAUGGUGAAUUUUAUGCAUGGGGUAGUAAUUCAAAGAUUUAAAUUUAUUAAUUAUCAACAAAAAUAUACAAACAAAUAAAUUGUCAUUCAAUUUUAGAUUCAAUUGUAUUUAAUAUUGUUAAUGAUUUUGUAAUAAGUACAUAAGAUUAGAAGAUUAAUUUUUGGAGUUUAAAUGAUAAAAAUUGGGAAUUUAAUUGUUCUUUCAAUAUGUUACCAGAAAGAGUUCAUGAUCUAACAUUUAUAGAAGAUGGCAAAAAACUAAUAUGCAAAUCAUUAUCUAAAUUAACAAUUUUGAUUAAAGAAAAUUAGAAUUGGAUAAUUUAUUAAUAAAUUCAUCAAAGUUUCACUACAACAUUAUGGAAUCAAGUAUAUUAAAUGAUUAUAACAUUAAAUUAAAAGGAUUAAAUCUAAAUUUGGUAAAGAAAUAAAAAAGGAUUAUUUUAAUUAAUAUCUACAGAAUGGGAUCCAGAAAACAAAAAGACAAAUUAUGAAGUUAAUCCUUUAUAAGCAAAUGAUGAUGGUUCAUUAUUAUCUUAAUGUCAAAAUAACAAAUUAAAGGUUUGGUAAGUUUAAGAAGAUGGUAAAUUAGAACUAAUUUUUGAAUAAGAAAUAGAUGAAAACAAUAUCUUUGUAACAAAUGAUUUUACAAAUUUAUUAACCUAAAAUGAGAAGUCGUUAAUUUGGUACCAAUUAACAAAUGAUGAAUAAUGA